AUGAGUGAAGCACAAAGUAGCUCAAAGGAACAAUUCGUCGUGGAAAUAUCACGGAGAAAUAGAAUUAAUAAAAAUUGCCAUAAAGAAGCAUCAACUGUUACAUUAUCAUCGAAAUCAUCCACAACAAGUGAGGUUGUAUCACGAACACCUGUAUCAACUCAUUCAACAGAUGCCAAUGAUUAUGAUUCACUUGCUCUGAUAUCAUCAUCAUUAUCAACCUCAACUGCUAUCGAUUCUCCAGCAAAAUCUAUAGCACAACAACACUUCAAUACUUCUCCAAUAACAGUUGAUGAAAAAAAUUCACUUAUAAAACAAGGCAAAUUUCAACAACAACAACAACAACAACCAUAUAGCAGCGCAAUUGUCAUUCUUAACAGAAAUACUGCGAUUACAAUAGAUCGCAAGGAAUUCGCACAAAUUUCGCCAUAUUUUCGAGCUGCAUUUUAUGGUGGUUUCUCGGAAACAAAAUCUAAAUUAUUAAAUUUUGACAGAACCAAAAGUGAAGAAUUCCUACAUUGCUGUGUGGUACUCAAUCAACUGAUGAAUGAAAGUAAGUGGAAAGUACCAAAUUUACAAUGGAUGAGUUUGCGAAAAGCAUUUGAGAUAUUAGACAUAGCGUCGUAUUUGCUAAUUGAUCCAUUGCUAGCGCUUAUAUCCGAUGUGAUUGUGUCCAAAGUAAAUGCUGAUUCGUUAGUGCUAGCAUAUCAUAAAGCAGAAAAUCGCCAUGUACCAUUAGCACAGAAAUUAUGGAAAAUAAUCGUCCGUGAAUUUGAUCGUUUACUAGCAAAUAACACUUUUCUUAUGCUUUCUGAAGUAGAAAUCAUCAAGCUAUUAUAUGACAAACAUUUAAACAUUAACAAAAAUGAAGAAACAGCAAUGGUCCGAAAAUGGAUUACGGCUAAUGAUUAUGAUGGUGGUGGUGCGGUACGAUUACAUGAGGAACUCCGUGGGCGGAAUGAUACUAUUGGCUUCAGCGAAAAUGAGCCACGUUUGCCAAAUUCAGUUUUACUUGCAAGUGGUGGUUGGUCAAAUGUAGGCCCAACGAUGCUAGUGGAAACACUUGAUUGUCGUGCCCAAAAAUGGGUACGUUCAGAGGUCAAACUUUUUGAAUUACCACGUGCUUAUCAUGCUGUAAUUAAUACUGGUGAAUAUUUAUUUACAAUUGGUGGUUUCAAUGGUGCUGAAUAUUAUCGAUCAACGAGAAGAUUUAAUUUAAAUAAUCAAGAAUGUAUAGAGGUAGCACCAAUGUAUGAUCAACGAUGCUAUGUUGGAUGUGGUUUGUUAGAUCCGGAACGAAUUAUAGCAAUCGGUGGCUAUAACAACAAUGAUCGCUUGAAAUCUGCGGAAAUUUUGCAUAUACCAAAGAAUCAAUGGCAUCGAAUUGCCGAAAUGAGCGUUAGAAGAAGUGAUGGUCAUUGCGUGAUAAUGAAAAAUGUAGCAUAUGCAAUCGGUGGUUUCGAUGGAAUGAAUUGUCACUCUAGCGUUGAAUACUACGAACCACAACGUGAUCGAUGGUUUAUUAUGAGCAAUAACAUGACAAGUCGUCGCUCUGGUGUUGGUGCAGCUACCUUAGAAGGUGUUGUAUUUAUAUGUGGUGGUUUUGAUGGUACCACUCGUUUACAAACAUGUGAAUUUAUUGAUACAAGAGAAGGGAAAUGGCAUCGUUUACGAUCAAUGAAUCGACCACGUUCAAAUUUUGGUAUAGAAGUAUUAAAUAAUCAAGUAGUGGUUGCUGGUGGUUAUGGUGGUAUGGUUGGUACCAUAGGUGAAACAGAAGCAUACGAUUUUCGUUCAAAUAACUGGAUCGAAUUACCAACAAUGAGCAUGCGACGUUCAGCACUUUAUCUUACUCGAAUUGAAAAUCAUGAUAUUAUCGAGGCAUUUGUUCGUCCAAAAUGUACUACUGCAUGA